AUGAUGCAGAGGCUCUCCUCGCGCUCCUUGGAGCCAGAUGGUGUGAGCUUUCGCUCCCUGGUCAAAGGCGCCUGGGAAGAAGCGCUAGGCUUUCACUCGAAAUCUUUGGACAUCUUGGAGAUCAACGCAUUGGCCCAAAGCACUGGCCCAAAGCACUGGCAGCGAUGCUUGGAGGUCCUCUUCCAGGCGAGGUCACUUGGAGUUGAACCCGACUCAGUCUCCCGGCUCCUGCAAUUGAAUGCACAAUCAUGUAGCACCUCGAUAGAGAAAUGGCAGCUAUCCAUGUCCAUUGUGGCCAAUGCCGAGGGCAACACCAAUAUUUUGUAUCAGGUUGGAAUCUCUCUGAGCCUAUCAUGA